GGGAGAGCCAGCGGUAAUGCGUGCGUCUAAUGUUUUUAUUCUGUACUGACGGUCGGGAAAACCAGUUUCACUGAACCCUGGAGCUGAAGAGAGAUCGCUGACGCAAAAAUGGUUUUAGUCACACCAGCGCUGUUGCUGCUGUUGUCUUGGGUAUCACUGCAAGCUGUCGCAGAGAUUUGCCGGGGGACGCACUGCUACGGCGCGGAAACCGGCGAUCCAAGACCGUGCACCGGAGCGCACUGUCCGGGGAGCAGAUCCUCCAGACCGCCGCGCCACUUUAACCCGGUAGCGCAGCAGGGGAGAGCGGCGCAGAUCGUCGCCAGCCAACACUAUGCGUACCAGAGCUCUCCACGAGCAGCGUCGGAAGCUUAUCCGGCUGCCCAGACAAUGCGCGGGCGGCACGGUGACAGCAGCGCGCGGAAAAGAGAAGUUUUACCCGCAGGAUGCACCGAUGCGGACUGCGCCGCUCUUGUGAAACAAUUUCAGCCCACUAAUGACACCCGAGAGUGCAGAGGGAUCGAGUGCAGACUGCCGCUGAGGAUACGGCCAAGAGCACGUCCUGCGAAGUCUUGUGUGGGAGAAGGAUGUAGUUCAGAGGAGAGCGUGAGCCAGCUUCCUCCUGUCCAUCUGUCCGACAGAGCCGCGCAAUUUCUGGGAGAUUUUCCGGAGCUUGGAUAUCCGUCGUCGGAGCUUGGCGGGGCGCCUUUGGGUGUCCAGCUCACAUGUGACAUCAAGCCAGGUGAGAAUGAAGUUCCUUCAGAGGACGCCCUCAUCUUGCACCUCCAGCUGGCCAAGGGGCAGGAGAAGCUGGUGGAGGCCCUGCGAGCCCAGCAGGUGGUCAUCCGCGACCUGCAGCAGAAACUGGCUGACCAACAGGAGGCGCUGCUGUCCCAGCAAAGGGAGAUCCUGGACCAGCAGCGGCGCAUGUACGAGCAGAUGGAUGUGGUGAAGGCGCAGUACGGCCUCCUCUCGGACACCAUCAAGCAGGUGUCCUUCCAGGGCCUGCAGGGUGAGCUGCAAAGCUACUUCGAGAGCCACCUGGCAGGGCUGCAGAGCCAGGCUCGCAGCCACCUGCAGAAGUCCUACGCCGUGCACAAAAUGGACAUGGACUCAAAGGGGAUGGAUGUCGUCGGGGAGGCUAAUUUUCCUCAACCCCUGCUGGGAUGCCCUUCACCGUGUGGACAGGAGGAGUUCUGUGAUUUUCAGAGGGAUCCACCGCAGUGUCAGAAGUGCACCAUGUGUCCGCCGGGCUUUUUUCUGAUCUCACAGUGUUCUCCCACCGCAGACAGGAUGUGCAUGGACAGAGAUGAAUGCUUAGAAGUACCAAACAUUUGUGGAGAGCGAGUGAAGUGCCUCAAUACUCCAGGUGGGUUCAGGUGUCUGGGAGUUUCUGAGCGAGAAGCCGUGAUGGGUUUGUGUGGUCACGAAUACUUCUACAACCAGGAGCUGCAGGAGUGCCAGGCCUGCACUGACUGUGAUGGAGAGCCUGUUUCUCAUCCCUGCACCGCCAUCAGUGACGCCGUCUGCGGCCAGCCGUCAGAGAGCCAACUCUCCCAGUCUUGGGGGGGUAAUGUUGGAGUUUCACCUGCCAGGACCUCUAGCACCCACAUCUUCAGCGGGCUUCAGCUAAACAUCCGAGGCAAAGAGAAGAUUGAUCUGUUGUCCAACGACGUGGGUCAGGUUACGUUCCUGCAGCACGGCCUGGUUUGGAUGGAUCAUAACUUUGCGAUCAAGCACAGCUGCAGGAACUUCCUUCAGGUGGGAAUGAGGCUCAACGGGAGCCAGGAGGAGGAGGGUCAGGAUCUCAGCGGGGUUCGCAUCGAACAGCCAGAUGGGAAAUACUUCCAGGGCAUCAGUGUCAGCAGUGGCGUGGAGGUGGAGCCAAACCACACCUUCACUCUGCUGCUGAAGAGUCCGAAUCAACACUGCAACCAGAGCAAGGAUCUCCACCUCUACGACAUCGCCACUCCCUCGUUCAGCCUGCUGUGGCUGUCGCAUGACACCGGCGCUGUCGCUAUGACAGCUCAGAUGUCUCUGUUGGCGCACUACCAGACCAGCUACCGCCCAACUUUCCGCAUGACCUCAGUGUCUGAUCCCUAUAUGAUCAGUCUAACUCACGACAACCGCGGCGUGCGCUUCACAGAAAGCGGUGUUGUGAAGUUCGUCCUCCAGCAGGCGCUUUACUCAAUGGGCCACACCUGUGUUCGAGAGGGAUUCUCCCUCAUCGCAUACACUAACCGCAAUGGGACCGGCCAGGAGGCGAUGCAAGCCUUCAAAACAGGCGUCAACUACAGGGACACCUCCAUCACCCUCUCUGGCGCUGUCAGUGUAGCCGGCGGGGACACGCUCAGCUUCGAGAUCACAUCUCCAUCCCAGUGCAACAUCCGUUACUUUGGCGACAGCACAGGGAUCAGUAUGCUGAGUCUUAUCUGGAUUCCUUCAGCGGUGUCGUCAUCCCUCACCGCCACCGUGUCCAGGACUGGUCUGCCCUCUGGUGCGGUGAGGAAUAAGCCACUGUCGUUCCAGCAGAUCAGUGCGGACACGCCGCAGGUUCAUUUGGCGCGCUCAGGCGAGCCGAACAGCCGGAAGAACUUUAUAUUCCACGAGAAAGGGACAGCGAACAUAGCUCUCAACCUGAAGCUGAUACACUCCUGCAAUAUUGUAAAACUCACCUUGCAGCAGGUGGGGGGUCAGGGCGGGCAGGCUGGUCCUGUGGCUCAGCAGGUGUCUGGAUAUAUGCCUGAAGGGAGCGAGUGGGCCAGUAUCGGGCUGAGGGCCUCGUUUCCUGUUCAGAACGGCACGGCGGUUUAUGUCACUCUGGACUGUAUCCGCGGACGUAUUAACCAGAUAACACACGAGGGCGGCACUAACAUUUCAAUCCUCUGGGUUGCCGUGUAAUCCGAGAAGGG